UAGACGCUAUGCGUAUGAAUUCUAAUUAUGCAUAAAUGUGAUCCGCCGACGUUUAUGAAGAGGUCGAACUUGGUGUCGGAGGACAUAGUUGCGAAGUUGUGUUAGUGGUGCGGUCACGAUUUUGAAAUUUCACAGUUUUCUUAUAUGGAAUAUAUUUUAAACAAGAAGGAUGGUUAUACGGACUUCAAAGGGACAUUCUCAUCAGAUGGAGAACGAGAUGCAUAAAUGUCAAACUUGCGACAAUGGCAGUUCAAUUUGCAUGAAUAUAUGGAAUAAAUUUGAUCUUGGACCACCAACGCCUCCAGGAUCUCCUCCACAUGAAGCAAUGUCUGAUUUUACCGAACUUGACGGAAUUGGCUUCGGUGAUGAUGUUGAAUUCUUUGACAAUAGGGAGGAAGAUGUUCUCGCCACAAUGAAGCACAUAUUUGCUGAGGGCACGCCUUUGAAUUUACAGUCAAAGUUGAUCCAGGAUUGUAUGUGGUCAGGGAAUUUAGCCAAGGGAUAUAUUGAUCAGAAAUCAAGUUGUAAUUCGUCAAUGGAUACGAAUGCUGCAGCAGAUUGUGUUGACCCAGCUUCAGUGUUUCCCUACCCAAUGCACAACAUUACAGACAAGUACAUGACAGAGACCAGGGUGGACAAUCUUCAAGGCCUUGAGACCCCAUCCGAUUCAGAAGAAGAAAUUGAUGUUGUCACUGUUCGAGAACAAAUGAAUGAAGAUUUUGAACCGUCACAGAUCAGGAAGUCCACGACGAUACCAGCAAGAUGUAUAAAAACAGAACGCGAGGAUAAUGACUAUGCGGGUGCAAUGAAAUCCCCUUUGAAAAGUUCUAUAACUCUGAAAGUGAAAGUAGACUGUCCUACAGAUGUACACAACUACAGUCUCCCUCAUUCACACUCGUUAAAACGUGUGCGGUCCAGUCCAGUGUCACCAUCAAACUCUAUAUCAUCCUCAAAACGGAUUAAGCGUGAAUUUAGUCAAAUAAGUGCGCCAGAAUUUCAGAAAACUCUUUGUCAAAAGCUUUCUCGGGCAGGAUCACGUAGUGGCUGCAGUAGUUCUUGCUCCAGUAGAAGCAGUUCAGACUCUGAGGAGUGUUGUGAGGGGGGCAAACGGACUCAACAUAAUGUGUUAGAAAGGAAAAGGAGAAAUGACUUGAAGUACAGUUUUUUUACCCUUCGGGAUAGUGUACCAGAACUUUCACAACAGGAAAGAGCUCCCAAAGUGCUUAUAUUGAAAAAAGCUGCUGACCAUAUACACAGACUCAAUCACGAAAGUUCGAGAUUGGAAAAGGAAACGGACAUACUUCGUGCUAAGCACGAUCAGUUGAGAAGAACUUUGAACAAACUUCAAGUUAGGGAUUUUUAACGUGUGUGAUAUAAAUGGCAAUUUGUGGUACAAUCUGUGUGGUAUUGAAAUAUAUACUGACAGGGACUUGUUUGUGUUCAUUAUCCAGGGAAUGUGUUCAAUAUAUUUUAUAUAAUGUGUGAUCAGCUAUCACUUAUAUAAACAAUCAUUAUGCUGUGUUAUUUUUGCAUACCAUGUUAUACAAUAUAUAUCUCAAGCUUCUAAAAGUGUUUUUUCUAGUACUGUCUGUCGUAUGUGUGAAUUGUAGAGCUAUAUAAAAUUACAAGAUUCAUUAGAUAAAUUUGACCAUAGCAAUAUAUACCUCAAAUUCUUGUGUUGUAUGGUAAUUCAUACAAAAUCAUAGGAUGGGCUUGUUAAUUUAUUUGCUAAGACAUUUACGGGUGACCCAAGAGAAUUCAGUUUUGACUAAAGUAAUUGGGGGAGAAAUUCAUGAAAAAACAUCUGAAAAUGUAGAGUAAAAUUUGCUAACAAGGGUUUACAACAAUUUGGUGACAAAUGUACUGGUCUUGACUGGUGCAGUUGGUCAUUUGAGGUAUUUUGAUAUGGCGAGUAGAUAUUUUUUGUUGGAUAAAUUGUCCUUAUUAAAGAUAAUUUGUUUAUAUUUAUAUAUAUAUUGCAAUAUGUUAUUGAGUAUACCGAGUUUUAUAAGAGUUUUCACAUUUUUGAUUAUUUUAGUUAGUCUGUUGGGUAUUUCCAAUGUAGAGCAGAAAGUUCUACAACCUAGCUUAGGUUUCAUUGUUAUAGACAGAAUAUCGUAAAAUCCAUGAUGUGAUGUAACAAUGAUGGUCCCAAUCGAGUUUGGUGGUUGGAAGGUGUUGUAUUGUUUUUCUUAACAUGGUUUGUGUAUUGUUUGAGCUAAGUAACUUCCAGUAGAUAAAGUCGUAAAAUUAAAGUUCAGAAAUGACAACCCACUUUCAAAAUAUUUCUAUUAUCACUAUUCAUUCUGAUGACUAUCAUAGAAGCAAUAUUAUUGGUCGAUGCAUUUCAAGACUGCCUGCUAUUCAUAGUAUUCAAAUCAUCAAUCUUACAAUAGUGUUUUUACUUCGAAAUAAAAAGUUCAUGUGCAUUCAAAAUUCAUCAAUGAUUAAAAUUUGCUGGGCAUUACUUUACAUUGAUUUGACAUUUUCUGAACGAAAAAUACCAUAUGCUGCCAAUUAAAUUUGAUGUUUUAUAUUUUUUACUGUUUUAUAUGAAACUCCUAGUUACGAAGAGUGAAUUAUACUGUUAGUUAGCUUUGCUAUUUGUUACAGAAACUGUCUUGGUUAAACCCAACGUUUCUUGCACCUUUUGUUCUACGAAGUGAUUGUUUUGUUGUCUGUUGUAAAUAUACACAAUCAUGAAUAAGAAAAAUUUGAAAUUUGUGUUUUUGGUGUGUGCAGGGGAUCUGCAUAUAUGUACUUGAAAUAUUGAAAACCGCAUUUAAUAAUUACUGGUAGAAAUUACCAUCAAUGAAAUUAAAGACUACAGAUUAACUUGUA